UAGUACUCUCUCUCUACACUUUCUUCUCCCAUUUCUUUUUGUUCCAAGCUUGUUUCUCUCUCUAAAACUCAUUUCAUUCAUUACUUGUCUCUGCUCUUUCUUCUACAAUUUUUUUUUUUACUAUACUUGUUUCUCUCACUACUAAUUGUUUCUCUCACUACAACUUCUCUCUCUACAAUUUUUUUUUGUUUUGACUGGAGGAAUUUAUGGGAAGAUUUCUCGGAGAUUUGAGCUCCAUAACAACAAGGAUUUUCCACACGCUCUGCAUUUCCUAGCAAGCAUGGUUUCUCUUUCCUAAUUUUCCAUGGCUUUUUCAAGAAAAACUCAGUUUUCCUUUCUCAGUUUUAUAUUAAAUUUUUUCCUUUUCUUUGGGUACUGAAAUUGUAAAGAUCCAUUUGUUGGGUCAAGCUUUUGGGUCUAUUUCUCCGCCCCCAAUCUCGUGAACUGGGGGUAAUGGGGAGCGCAGAGGAAAAGGAAGCUCUCGACAAUGGUGGUUUUCAGGCUUGUUGGGUCUCUUUCAUGAAGAAAUUUCAGCUCAAAAAAGUCUAAUUUUUUGCAGGUUUAGCCCAAAUGAAUGAGCUCUGGUGUUUUCGAGCUUGUUGGGUCCCGUUCAUGUUGAAGUUUCAGCUGAGAAAAUCUCUCUGUUUCUUUUCUGCAGGUUUAGCCCGAAAGAUGAGCUCUCCAGCUAUCAGAUCUCUCAUAAUUUGGUCAGGUUUCUCUAACCCUCAUCCCUCUUGAGAAACACCAGAAAAAAAGAAAAAACAUCUCCUUUUAUUCCCCUAAUUUUUUGUCGGGUGUGGCUAAAAUUCGCCAACGCCAUUUGGAAUAGAAAGCUCCAAGCUUUAGGAUCCGGAAAUUUCAGAGCUUGAGAUGGACAAUAAAGAAGCUCAAUAUGGUGGGGUUUUCACACCUCUGAAACCAAUUCCAACAAAAGGAAGACUGGCUUUCGGAGAUCAGGUACAGAGAGAGGGCAUUGGAGCACGAUGGCUCAAAGACUCAAGCAUAGAGGCCGGUCCGUUCAAUUUCAAGUAUUGCCAACAAAAUGCAGCUUCUCUACAAAGUUUAGGAACAAUCAGCUCAAUCAGCAUUCAGGAACAAAUGCGAGAUCAACCUGCUCAAAAUAGUGAAGGGUUUUAUUCAAAUGUUUAUGAAAACGUGGCUUCAACUAUAGGUUCCGGCAUCCAAUUCAGAGGGGGCAUUCCUCUCUUCUUUCCGGAAGCUUCUAGAAGGUUCUCAAACCUUCUGGAGACCUCUAGAAGCAGGGGCAGCUGCAUGCUUCCCCAUCCUGCAAUGUCCAGUUCACAGACCUAUGAUAACCAGAUGGGAUUAGUAGUGGCUAACCUUCGCAGGGUGUCGAAUGCCAGCAACUCUCCUCACCUUCCACCAAGUGGGUUCCCUGUUCCUUACAAUCAUUUGUACGACCACAAGUUGCCAUGUAAACCAGUAGCAAACAUGAGUUCAACUCAGGAUAAUGCUUCUCCUCUAGCACCAGUAACACCAGAUAAGAGUAACAUGGAAGAAAGGAUCAGAAACAACCAAUCUCCAUUUCCUACUGAUUUCCAUUUAGAGAGAAAUUUACAGCCCAGAGUCCAUCCAAUAACCCCAUUGGAAAACACUCCACUACAGCAUAGUGUCUUGCUGGAAACAUCGCCACAAAAUACACCAGAGCCCUGGGACUUGUCAGGAAUUUUGCUGCAAAAGACAUCACAACCAAUGCUCUUUCCUGAAAAUUCACCAGGAAAUAUUCCACAACCUAGAAUCUGCCUGGAAAGUACUACACAGCCUAGAAUCUGGCCAGAAAGUACUCCACAGCCUAGGGGCUCACUGGAAAAUGAAACCGGAGAUAUAUGUCUCAACCAAGUUGGCUUUAAUCUAGAGGAUUCUUCCCAAGAGAAAGAACACCAGAAUGUGGAAAAGAGUGAAGCUCAUGGCAUAGACCUGAACAAAACACCUGCUCAAAAACCAAGGAGGAAAAAGAUUAGGCCCAAAGUGAUUCGAGAAGACAAGCCCAAAAGAUCCCCCAAGACUGCAACCCAGAAAGAAAAAGUACACCGAACACCAAAUACUGCAAGUCCAAAAGAAAAUGGAUCAGUUAGGAAGAGAACUCCAGGAAGAACUCCCAAGGCUCUGAUGACCCGCCCAGAAGCCAUAACCAGCCCUGCUACUAUGGCCCCCAAUUUUGGCGCCACUGCAGGUAUGGCCGCCAGUGUUGGUGUCACUGCUAAUUUAGCAACCAAAUUUAGUGGUGCUUCUAGUUCAACUGCCAAAGUUGGUGAUGCCACUGGUUUUGCCACCAAAAUUGGCACCAUUUCAUGUAGGCGGGUUUUAAACUUUGACGCUGAAAUCUACCAUAAAGACGGGGCCCUGGAAAAAGUUGCAAUGCCCCAAGAGAAACUACAGUCCGGGGGGGAAAGAUCUGAACCAAUUAUACAAAUUCAAGAUGGACAUUCAAGUGUGGAGAAACCAAGAGUGGAAAAGCCAUUCGAUCUGAACCACACAUUACCCCAAAUGCCAGACAGCUACCAACCACUGCCAAAUCCAGCUGUGAGUAGCUCAUUAAAUCUACCAAAUCCAGAGUUGCAGUCUUCAUUGAAGAGAAAGAUGAAUGCAAAGGACCAUGCUCGGAAGAGAAAACAAGUGAAAACUCCUCAAAGAUUGCAUGGGAAAGCACAAGAAACAAACCAUUGUCCCGAGAAGCAGCAAUUUCCAGCACAAGGAGCCAUGCCCCAAAUGCAGAGGCAGCCAACCACCCCAGAUAUGUUUAAUCAAAAUCUUCAGUUCAGGGAAUCAUACAUGGGCAUGGUUCAGCAAUACAGUCUAUUCAAUGAAAGCAGCAAAAGAUACAGAGUGUUUCUUCCACGUUUGCAAGUCAACAAGAUCCAGAGGAACUUGGAGCCUACACAUAUUGAGAAUUCCUCUGUUUCAACCGCAAAAGAGGGAGAAACCUUGCAGAGUUCUGCUAUAAGGGAAUCCAAUGCCAAUAAAAACCUAAGAAACAGCACAAUCUUUGCACUACAAAGCACGAACAGAGAGCACCCAGGUGAAAGCUGGGUCUCUGAUAAAAGUUCUGGUGAUCCCUCCUCAAGUAGUGCUACAACCAGGCAUGGUGCCCCGGACAAUGGUGUUACAAGAGAAAAUCUAACCAAAGAAGCACUGUCAAACAAUGUAAAUGGAGAAAGCAUGGCCAUUUUCGAUCUCAAUGCCCAUAAUGAUAUGAUGGCACCAGCUACCCAUGUGGAAGAAAAGGCAAAGGAUGAAAGUAAGAGAGACUCAGAUCUAGUCAAUGGCUUGGACCCCUAUCAAUUGGCUAAGAAGUACAAUUUCAAAUUGAUAUCAGAACCUGCUUCUAGUACAGUUGAGCAAGCACCAGCUCCUGUUACAAAGAGGAAGAGACGUGCAAAGAAGGAACCUCACCUUAUUGAAACUAUGUCUUCCCCCAACCAAGGAGCCUCAGAGUGUUAUAAGAUUAAUGCUUGUGAAGAUCAAAGUUCCUCCAUGAAAUCUCAUUUAUAUUCUCCCAUGCCACAAAAAGAUGGCAUCUUGAGUGCAGCUCCAUUCCAGAAUCCUCAACCAGGAGGGUGGCAUAUUCUUCCAAACAAGUACAUUACCGAUAGCCAAAGUAGCAGCAAUUUACAAAAGGGGCCAAAAGCAAAAGAGGCAAUCUUAGACCCUAUGGGUAUAAUUGUCCAAAAGAUGAACGCUCUUGCGAUUGUUGAUAAGAGCAUAGAAACCCCAAACGAUCGAGAACACAAUCAGCUGGUGCCUUACAUUGGUGCAGGUGUAGUGAUACCAUAUGAAGCUCCAAAGAGGCGCUUGAGGGCCAAAGUCGAUCUUGAUGAGGAAACGACUAGGGUUUGGAAGCUUUUGCUGGAAAAUGACACAGAUGGUCUAGAUGGAGCGGAGAAGGACAAGGAGAAAUGGUGGCAAGAGGAACGUCGAGUAUUCUGUGGUCGGGCAGACUCGUUUAUAGCACGCAUGCAUCUGGUGCAAGGAGACAGGCGCUUCUCCAAGUGGAAAGGAUCUGUUGUGGACUCAGUAAUUGGAGUAUUUCUAACCCAGAAUGUGUCUGACCAUCUAUCAAGCUCUGCAUUUAUGGCACUUGCUGCAAAGUUUCCUCUCAAGAAAGAAAACAAGAAUACAAUGGCUCACCCAGAUCUAAUGAAGAUGUCUUCUCAAGAACCAGAAAUUGUCAUCCUGGAAGUGGAUGAAACAAUCCAAUGGCAGAGAGAUUUGUCAGGCACACAAAUCCCCAGCGAAAGUCCUAUGGUCCCUCCUGACAAUGAAUGCAGACCAGAGCUUACAAAGGAAAUAACACAGUGUAAUGAAUCAUAUGGGAGUAAUAUCAUGGAUGAAAAAGAAAGCACAUUACAAGGUACGCACCUACCGGAGCAAAAAAUAAGGCAGUUAUCAUACGGAGAAGUACUUGAGCAUCAGAUACAAAUCCCAACGACAGCAAAGGCCAAAAUGAGUUUGGCGGAAGCUGAAAGUAGCGAAUUGAUGCCAAACAUUGUUCCUGAUUUAAAUUCGUCUCAAUAUUCCACUUCUACAGCCCAGACUUUUGAGGCAUAUGGGUCAAGUUCAGGAUCCACUCCUGAUAUAGAGGAUCUUGUGACCUGUAGCAAUCAGAACUACCUAUAUGGCUCACAAUCCUUUAUGGAUCUUCUUAAUUUGGCAGAGACAAACUACUUCAGGGACAUGUACAUAAGUGGUAACUUCACUGUGUCAUCUAAGGAGUAUAUUGCAAGUGCAUCAGACCACUUCGAAAGUAUGUUGUAUGGGAAGAAGAUAUCAAGCUCCCAUCAGUCAGGUUAUCAAAAGGUCUCAAGUUCAUUAUCGAAUGAUAGCAGCCUUGUAAUCCAGACACAAGUUGAGCUGGAGAAAACAUUGGAUGAAGAACCUUCUAAUGGUUACAAUUUCAUAGGUACAGAAUGCGCUGAAGUGUCAGUUGGAGCAAACAAGUCUCCUUUACUUUCAGCUGAUUCUGAAACUGCAGCUGAGAGUUGCACCAACUGCACAGGAAGACAAGCAGAUUCCAAUAAGGAAACUGCAUCCGAACUCAUUAAUCUACAAAACGCAACUUAUGGCACCCAGCCAUUCCUUACAAGUGCAAUGUUUGCACAAAUAUCUGAUGACCAAAUGCAUUCUUCACCCUCAUCCGUAACACGAAACCCCAGAAGAGAUUCUAACUUUAGCAAUAUCUUGGAAAAGGAGAAGUGGCAAAGCACAACUCAGGGAUCAAAUGGCACUUCCCAAAUCAUUAUAGAUUUAUUAGAUGAUCACGAACAUAGUUUCCCAGAAAAAUCAGCAAAGCAGAAUCUCUUGUCUGAAAGCCCUCCAAUGGCGAAAGAUGCAAACCAUGCUGCAACUCUCAUGAAUUUACAACCAGAAGGCAAGAAGAUACUGGAACAAUGCAGUUCAAGUUCGCUAACAUGUCCUCCAGAUGUAGCUGAAUGCUCUAGAAAAUUGGAUGGCAAGAUACCAUUAGAAAACAUUGCAGAUGGCCCAAGUUCAAAGGAUGAAAGUUCAAGUGUAACAAACGCAAUGAGUGGAAAAAUGGAAGCAAAAGAAAAGAAGGUAAGGACCCCAACAGUCAGAAAAAAGGUUUUCGACUGGGAGGCAAUGAAAAAGCAUAUAAAGCCUUGCACUAAGGAAAGAAGUCCUGAAACACAAGAUUCAGUAGACUGGGAAGCAGUGAGAUGUGCUGAAGUAAAUGAAAUAGCUGAUACCAUCAGGGAAAGGGGAAUGAAUCACAUGCUUGCAGAAAGAAUAAAGGAUUUCCUCAACCGGCUGGUCACAGAGCAUGGAAGCAUCGACCUGGAGUGGUUAAGAGAUGUUCCACCUGAUAAAGCAAAGGAAUAUCUCUUAAGCGUUAGAGGAUUGGGACUCAAGAGUGUGGAGUGUGUCCGCCUACUAACACUUCAGAAUCUAGCUUUCCCAGUUGAUACAAAUGUUGGUCGUAUAUGCGUACGUCUUGGAUGGGUGCCACUUCAACCGCUACCAGAGUCACUUCAGUUGCACCUUCUCGAAAUGUAUCCAGUGCUGGAGUCAAUUCAAAAGUACAUAUGGCCUCGUCUAUGCAAGCUUGACCAAAGAACAUUAUAUGAGCUUCACUAUCAAAUGAUUACAUUUGGAAAGGUUUUCUGUACGAAGAGCAAGCCAAAUUGUAACGCAUGUCCAAUGAGAGGAGAAUGCAAACAUUUUGCCAGUGCAUUUGCAAGUGCAAGACUUGCUCUACCAGGUCCACGAGAGAAAGGCUUAGUAGGUAGGAUGAAUCCAUAUAUGACAAUGAAUGAGCAAAACUCACAUAUACAUCCACUGCCCCUACCCCCACUGGAGACAAUGCCACUCUCACAAGAAGGUCAGGACAGCAAAAAGUGUGAACCCAUCAUUGAAGAGCCAGCAACCCCAGAACCUGAAUGCAUAGAAAGCUCAGAAAUUGACAUUGAGGACUCUUUAUGGGAAGAUCCUGAAGAAAUUCCAACAAUUGAUCUCAACCUCAAAGGCCUGUCACAAAAUGUUCAGACUUACAUGGAAGAAAACCAUAUGGGACUCCAAGAUCCUGAUAUGUCAAAGGCAUUGGUAGCUUUAACUCCAGAAGCUGCUUCAAUUCCGAUGCCAAAACUCAAGAAUGUGGGCAGACUGCGUACUGAGCACCAAGUGUAUGAACUUCCAGACAACCACCCACUUCUCCAAGAUUUGGACCAAAGGGAGCUCGAUGAUCCAUGCACCUAUCUUCUUGCCAUAUGGACUCCUGGUGAAACAGCAGAUUCAAUUGAAUCUCCAGAAAUGUGCUGCAACUCCCAAGCAUCUGGCAAAUUAUGUGAGAAAGAGACAUGCUUCGCUUGUAACAGCAUACGAGAAGCUAAUUCCCAAACAGUACGAGGAACAUUACUGAUCCCAUCGCGAACGGCAAUGAGAGGGAGUUUUCCACUCAAUGGUACCUAUUUUCAAGUCAAUGAGGUAUUUGCUGACCACGAGUCCAGCUUGAACCCAAUUGCGGUUCCUAGAUCAUGGAUAUGGAAUCUUCCCAGACGAACUGUUUACUUUGGAACAUCCAUCCCAACAAUAUUUAGAGGUCUUACCCUACAGGAAAUUCAGUAUUGCUUCUGGAGAGGAUUUGUAUGCGUACGGGGAUUUGACCAACAAUCCCGUGCGCCACGCCCCCUAUUAAGCAGGUUACACUAUCCGGCAAGCAGGCUAACCCAAAACAAGAAUGGACCCAAAAAGGAGGUCUCAGCAAACUCAAGCACAAAUCCAGUGAAGUCCUAACCGCGUGUUGAUUCAAAUGCAAACAAACUGACCAACAAAAAGCAUUUUAUUCAAGGUUGGCUCAAUCAGAUGCCUCCACCAUAUGUUGAAUGGGAACUAGAACGCAGCAGUAGUGUAGGAACCCAUGGAGUACGUGGGUUUGUAAAUGAUUCUCAUUGUUUAAUUGCACAUGCUCAGAAUCGAGCCAUUCUUCUAAUGUCAGUUCAUCAGAGGUAAGUCAAGAAAUUGCACGGGAACACCAAAAGUUCUCACGUGCGUUGAUGUUUAACAAUUUAGGGCUGAUUGAGAAGGGCACAUGUGCUCAUAGGAAGCUCCAGUUGUACACAAAUGAGAAAUUGAACUUCAAUAAAAAUCCAUCGCAAUAUAAGGAUGUGCUACGUACAUUUUUUCAAAU